AUGAUGAUGAUGAAAAUUGUGUUAUUCGGCACUCGACGAGCUGUCUUACAGAGUAGACAAAUGGCUUCCUUCCUUAUCAACGACGCUAAAUACGCAUUCCUCAAGGAACUCGGCCUAUCGGAGAACAACUGCGGUGUUCAAAAUGGAACAGUGAAAGACUAUGAGAUUGCUGUUAAUGAGGCACGCAAUGCUUAUGAGCAAUGGUGUGAUGUACCACCUCCACGACGUGGUGAAGUUGUUCGCCAGAUUGGUGAGAAGCUUCGUUCUCAAAUUAAGAACCUGGGUAAACUAGUGUCUAUGGAGAUGGGAAAAAUCUCCGCUGAAGGAGUUGGAGAAGUGCAGGAAUACGUUGAUAUAUGCGACUAUGCAACUGGUUUGUCUCGAUCACUCAAUGGACAAAUUCUUCCGUCGGAGAGACCGGGUCAUGCUCUCUUAGAGCAGUGGAAUCCUCUCGGUACGUCGCUAAUGAUGAUUGCGCUAAUUGAAACAGUUCUUCGCGCAAACAACCUUCCUACAGGAUUGUGUUCCUUGGUUUGUGGAGAGGCUGACGUUGGACAAGCUUUGGUGAAAGACAAGCGAGUAAACUUAGUAUCAUUUACUGGAUCAACCGAAGUUGGACGUAUCGUUGGGCAACAAGUUCAACAACGAUUCGGAAAGCUCUUACUCGAACUUGGUGGAAACAACGCAAUUAUUGUAAAUGAUGAUGCAGAUCUCAAUAUGGUUAUUCCUGCUACUGUCUUCGCCGCUUAUACAUUCCAGUCCAGUUUUAUGAUCCUUGGAAGAAGCGACAUGCAUAUAUUGGGUUUUUUCCCCUUCUUUAGAACGAUUUUAUUAAGAUGCACAACAACACGCCGUUUUCUGGUGCAUGAAUCUGUGUUCGAGACUGUAGUUGAUCGCCUGAAGCGAGCGUAUGCCCAGUUUGAGCCACGAAUUGGCGAUCCUCUUGAAGCGCAUACCAUCAUUGGUCCGCUUCACAAUGAAGCCGCUGUGCUGAAGUAUAAGGCAGCUGUUGAUGAAGUGAUGGCAGCCGGUGGUAAAGUAGAAUAUGGAGGAAAAGUGGCUCAAGGUCUGAGUUCGUCGCUUUUCACUAACAACAUACAAAAUGUCUUCAAAUGGAUUGGACCGAGAGGUAGCGAUUGUGGUAUUGUGAAUGUUAACAUUCCCACGUCUGGUGCUGAGAUUGGAGGAGCAUUUGGUGGCGAGAAAGAAACUGGUGGGGGUCGCGAAUCCGGAUCCGAUUCUUGGAAGCAGUACAUGAGAAGGUGGAUAGAAAUGUUUUCAUUCACAAUUAUCAUGAUAUUCUUGCGGACGCGUUUUUUACGUAUCAGCCAAUUCGUCAUCAAAAGAAUGGUGACGGUGGCUCCGUACGGUAGUUGGAUGAGCAUUCUCACUCCGGACCUUUUUGCCAAAGGAAAUUGCAAGGCAAUUUGUGAAUUACAAGCCACUGAAGGUGGCGUUUUCUGGGUAGAACAGAGUACGACCGGAAAACGAGAGCUGUAUUUCCAGUCGUCGGAACGGUCGAAGUCUCGGGUUAGAUGGGCUCCACAACAGUCAGUACAAAAUUGUGUUCACGAAUACGGUGGGGGCUCGUUCAUCCCACUCAACGACGGGUCAAUUGUUUACAGCACUGUAGAAGGUGUGUAUGAGCAGAUCUCUGUCGAUGUUCAACCAGUUCAACUUGCUGACGCAUGUGAACGAAUAUUCCGAUUUUCCGAUUUCUCGUGCUCCGGCACGCACGUGUUUUGCGUGAACGAAUGUCAUCAAAAACGAGGUGGCGAUCCGGAAAAUCGGAUAAUUUCAAUUAAUAGAAAGACAAAGGAGCAGAAAGUAGUGGCGAGUGGUGCAGAUUUCUACGCAUCGCCACGGGUUUCAUCCGAUGGAAAGAGAUUGGUAUGGAUGCAGUGGAAUCACGUGAAUAUGGUAAGUACUGAAGGAUGGGAUUGA